AUCUGAGGAUUGUGCUGAUAGGAAAGAAUGGAUCAGAAAACAGACGAGUGGCAAAGACUAUACUGGGAAGAGCAGUGUUUGACAGUGAAGCUCCAUUUUAUUUACAGAAGCACAUGGACAGAAUCAGUGGAUUUGUGGAGGAGAGAUACGUCACAGUCUUCAACACUCACCUGUUCCAGCCAAAUCUCUCACAGCAUCAGUUAACACAGAGAGUGAGAGAUUGUGUGUCUCUGUCUGCUCCAGGACCUCAUGUGUUUGUACUUGUUCUGCAGUAUAACAACUUCAGAGAGAAUGACAGACAGAGAGUGAACACUGUGCUGAACCUCUUCAGUUAUCAGGCCAUGAAACACACUAUAGUGCUGACUACUGAUGAAGAGACACAUGGAUUCAUAUUCACUUCUAGGAAUAAUACUGUUCAUGAUAUAACAAAGGAUUGUGGAGGAGGACAUCUACAGUUUGAUACAGGGAACACAGGAUGGCGAGUUGAGAUGUUCAGAAGGACAGAAGAGAUACUCAAGAAAGAACAUGAAGAAAUUCUCAUCUGUGACAUGUGUGAGGAUGAAGGUCUGAGCAGAUCUGGUGCAUCAGUCAGAGACCACAAAGACAUGAAGGAUUUUUAUCUCAGUGAGAACACAAACACAGUGACGAAUACUGGAAGAACAAAGCUGAACAUUGUGCUGUGUGGAAAUAAUCAAACACUCAAGAGCUCUGUGUCUAAAAUGUUUAGAGGGAUAACAAGAAAAUCUCAGAUAGAGAUGAGCAAAGUGUGUGUGAAGAAAGAGGGAAUGAUUCAUGGACGUCAGAUCAGUGUAAUAGAGCUUUCAGCUGUCUCUCGUCUCUCAGAGGAGGAAGUGAUGCAGAAAACUCUCUGCUGUGUGUCUCUUUGUGAUCCUGGAGUUCAUGUGUUCAUCCUCGUUACUCCUGUCACUCCACUUACUGAUGAAGACAGAGCAGAAAUGGAGAAGAUUAAAAUAAUAUUUAACUCACAAGUUAAUAAAAGUGUGUCAGAUUAUGUAGGAUCCCCAGAAUCUCAGAGGAUUGUGGGUCUCUAUGGGAGCUGGUACAGUGUGAUGGGGUUACAGGACCAGAGAAGCUCAGAACAGAUCUCAGAACUGUUUGAUCGUAUAGAGAACUUGAAGACUGAACCCUAUUCUCUGCAGAUGUAUACAAGAGCAUUAGAUAAGAGAGUCAGACAUGAACUAGAGAAGAAACUGAGAUUCAGAGACAAUGAAGUCAAAGAAUUGCAGCAGAAGAUCAUGACACUGGAUCCAGAGGGUGUGAAGCUGAAUCUGGUUGUGUGUGGGAGUAACAGAGAAUUAAUAUCCUUCAUAUCAAACCUGAUCCUGAAGCAGAGCGAGAGCAGAUCAGAGCUGAGCUCAGAGUGUGUGAGGAGAGACGUGGAGCUUGAUGGACGUCUGGUCAGUCUGGUGGAGCUUCCAGCUCUGUUCAACACUCAGCUCUCAGAGGAGGAAGUGAUGCGUCAGACUCACCGCUGUGUGUCUCUCUGUCAUCCUGGAGUUCAUGUGUUCAUCCUCAUCAUUCCUGAUGCUCCACUUAAUAAUGAAGACAGAGCAGAAAUAGAGGAGAUCCAGAGGAUCUUCAGCUCUAGAGAAGACAUCAUUUCAUCAGCCUGA